AAUAGGGACCCCUCUGUGCUGGUCUUUUGGGUCCUCACAGCCUGUGACGUAAUACCCCAGCGACUGAGCCAGGUUCAAAACAAUCCGUUUGAUAUUCGGGUAUUACAGUGGUAUUUUCUCCAGGAGCUCAACACAAUGGCGUUGGAAACGGUCCCCAAAGACCUCCGCCAUCUGCGAGCCUGUCUCCUCUGUUCUUUAGUGAAGACCAUUGACCAGUUUGAGUACGACGGCUGUGACAACUGCGAGUCGUACCUUCAGAUGAAGGGCAACCGAGAGAUGGUUUAUGAAUGCACAAGUUCCUCGUUUGAUGGCGUGAUAGCCAUGAUGAGUCCCGAGGACAGCUGGGUGGCUAAGUGGCAGAGGAUAGGCAACUUCAAGCCAGGUGUGUAUGCGGUGUCGGUGACAGGGAGACUUCCUCCAGGCGUGGUGAGAGAGCUGAAAAGCAGAGGAGUGAUCUAUAAAUCCAGAGACACAGCGGUGAAGACGUGAACGUGGUCUGACUAGAACGGGGUCCCACUGCAGCUCCAGGGAGACGUAACAGCGGGACUCAAUGUGAUCGUGUGUGUGAUGUCUUACCCUCUCCAGCUGUUCAAUUUUGGUUUGUUGUGAUUAGAAAUAUUAGCAUGGAUGCUUACACAGAGAGAAGUGGAUAUUUUUUAUUUCUUUUGAGUAAUUGAGAAAAAAAUAAAGGUCUGUUUUGAUUAGAAA